CCUCACUGCUCUCUGAAGGAAGAAACAUUAUCUGCUUCAUUAGAGGGCUGACAAGCCAUGAAUUCUAAACAUCAGAGAGUGCGACUAAGUGACGGUCACUUCAUCCCUAUACUGGGCUUUGGCACCUAUGCACCUAAAGAGGUACCCAAGAGUAAGGCUACAGAGGCCACAAAAAUAGCUAUAGAUGCUGGGUUCCGCCAUAUCGACUCUGCCCAUUUGUAUCAAAAUGAAGAAGAGGUAGGACUGGCCAUCCGAAGCAAGAUUGCAGAUGGCACUGUGAGAAGAGAAGACAUAUUUUACACUUCAAAGCUUUGGUGUACGUUCCACCGCCCAGAGCUGGUGCGGCCUUGCUUGGAAGGGUCGCUGAAGAAACUUCAACUGGACUAUGUGGACCUCUACCUCAUUCAUUUCCCAAUGGCUCUGAAGGCAGGAGAGAGUGACUUUCCAACAGAUGAGAAUGGAAAAGUCAUCUUUGACACAACAGAUCUCUGCGCAACCUGGGAAGCCAUGGAGAAGUGUAAAGAUGCAGGUCUGACCAAGUCCAUCGGGGUGUCCAACUUUAACCGCAGGCAGCUGGAGAUGAUACUCAACAAGCCAGGGCUGAAGCACAAGCCUGUGUGCAACCAGGUAGAAUGUCAUCCUUAUUUCAACCAGGGCAAACUUCUGGAUUUUUGCAAGUCAAAAGACAUCGUUCUGGUUGCUUUCAGUGCUUUGGGAAGUCACCGAGAAAACCGAUGGGUAGACCAGAAUUCCCCUGUUCUCUUGGAUGAUCCAGUUCUUGCUUCCAUGGCAAAAAAAUACAAGCGAACGCCAGCCCUGAUUGCCCUUCGUUACCAGAUUCAGCGUGGGGUUGUGGUCCUGGCGAAGAGUUUCACAGAGAAGCGCAUCAAGGAGAACAUACAGGUUUUUGAAUUUCAGUUGACUCCAGAGGACAUGAAAGUCCUUGAUGGCCUGAGCAGAAACGUCCGGUACAUCAUUGGUGCCCCUUUUGCUGGCCAUCCAAACUUUCCAUUUUCUGAUGAAUACUAACACAAAGACCCUGAACCUGCCUUCUACCGGAAGCCCCUCUAGGUGGGUGUUGCCCUGGGCGGAUCCUCAGCCUCUGCUGAUUACACAUCUCACCCUAAUGCUGCUGAGAAACUGAGACUGGGCUGAAGCUGCAGCCAUAGCCCAGAAAGCAAAAGUCGUACAUAUUUGUCACCUUCUGAAAAGAAAUAAAAAGACUCUCUGCAUCAAUGUUAAUCUA